UAGCAUUCAGACACACACACAUGCUGUGGCUCGGAGGGAAAUACGCAUGGGAAUGACUGACACAAACAGACGGGUGGAAUUUCUCGUAGACGAAAGAUAAAGAAAAACCAAGAAGAACUUUUGUGGACAAAAAAACAGAGAGACUAUUUAAAAGAAAUAAAGAAGGUGAAGAAAAGGGCAGCAGCAGAAAGGAGGUGUAACCGAGGAACCCUGUGAAAAGAGGAGCUAAAAAGAGUGUGUGAGAAAGAGUGUGAGAGAGAGAGUGUGUGUGUGUGUGAGAGAGAGAGAGAGAGAGAGAGAGAGAAGGAGGAGGGGAAGAAAAGUAAAUAGUCUGAAUGCACUGAAGGCUUUUGGACGCAUUGAGACAGAAAGUGAAAAAGGGGGUUUUCACACUCAGCUUUCUGGAAAUCAGGUCCUCAGAUAAACGAAAGCAGAGACGGAUCUUGAUAUGGAACCUAAAUGUACUUUGCUGCUUUUAGGCCUCCUGCAGGUGGCGGUGUUGUCUGAAGUCCCUGAAUCCGGGUGUAUUUAUGGUUAUCAGAUGUUAAAGGGACAGUGUAUAGAUGAAGAUGAGUGUGAAGAUAACCCAUGUGGCAACCACUCGAUCUGUUUUAACACAAACGGGAGUUAUUACUGUGACUGUGAGACAGGGUUUAUGUCCAAAACCAAAAACUUCACCGCCACCACUGGGCAAUGUCAAGACAUAAACGAGUGCACGGUGAACAUAAACAGAUGCCCUGAGAAUUCAGAAUGUAAAAACACCAUCGGUUCUUUCCAGUGUGUGUGUUUACCUGGGUUUCAGGAUAAAAAAGUAGGAUCUUCGUACACAUGUGCAGACAUUGAUGAGUGUGUGUCAAUGCCCACUGCGUGUGGACAGCAUGGUGUGUGCAGAAACACACUCGGCACAUUCACCUGCUCAUGUCCAACGGGGUUCCGUAACCAAGGCAACAGCCACACCCCUUGUGAAGACAUUGAUGAAUGUGAUGGGGAGGAACAUGUGUGUGGUAAAGAUGGCUCAUGCUCCAACAGUGAAGGGAGUUACUAUUGCCAGUGUAGCCCUGGUUACAGUAACUAUGGAAACAAUCAGACUAAAUGCACAGAGUUGAACUGUAACAGACUCAACACCACAUCUGAAAAGGCUGUAGCCAUGAUGGGCGGUUUAUUGGAUCUGUUCAGGACCAGUUGUGAGUCAUUAAGUGGUUCAUCAAGGGAACAGCGUACAGGAGAAACAUUACUGGAGAACCUGCUGAAUGUGACGGGUGGCAUGUUAUCAGGUGGGAACUUAAACUCCAGCACAUCAUUCAGUGUGUUUUUUGGAGCAGUGGAAAACACAAUGAGGCUCAUCGCACCACAGCUCAACAAAAAGACAACCAGAAUGGACAAUGAGGACACUGAGGCGUGGCUAACAGUCAGGAAGGAUCAGGUCCCGCCCACUGGACAGGUCACACUGAACACGGACAAUGUACAGCUCAACACGAGCUGGGAAACAGCAGUGGGAGCUAAUUACCCAGGUUUUGCUUUUGUGGCAUUGGUCGGUUAUAAAACUCUAAAUUCCACCAAUGUGUCACCUCCGAUCAACACGGACACAGACUCAUCACACCAGAACACCACCUACCUACUCAACUCUCAAGUGGUGACGGCGCUCGUCAGUAACACGGACACACACUCUCUGCCCGAGCCCGUCACACUCACCUUUAGACACAAGAAUGAGAGAGAAGUGUCCAAGGGCCUGAACUACAGCUGUGUGUAUUGGGCCGAGGCCCAGGGUGGAGGGGCAUGGUCAGGGCAGGGAUGUGUGAAGGCUGUGUUUAACUCCACCCAUGCUGUGUGCUCCUGGAAGCACCUGAGCAGCUUUGCUGUACUAAUGGCCCUCUACCCCAUUGAGGAUACCUUUGAGUUGGUGUGGAUCACACGGGUCGGUCUCACCCUCUCCAUCAUCUGUUUAUUCUUGUGUAUCCUGACAUUCUGGUUCUGUCGCACCAUCCGGGGAACUCGCACAACGAUACACCUCCACCUGUGUGUGUGCCUCUUCAUUGCCAAUAUCAUCUUUCUCUUCUUCAUAUCCAACACUCAGAACAAGGCUGGUUGUGCUUCGGUGGCAGCGCUCCUCCACUUCUUCUACCUCGCUGCAUUCUCCUUUAUGCUGCUGGAGGGAGUACAGCUCUACCGCAUGGUAGUUCUGGUUUUCCACACCACGCUCCACCAACUUUACCUGUACUCUGUAGGAUAUGGAGUUCCUCUCGCCAUUGUCAUCAUCUCUGCCAUCGCCUUCCCCUCUGGAUACGGCACCAGGCGCCACUGCUGGCUCUCUCUGGACCAGAACUUCAUCUGGAGUUUCUUUGCACCAGUCUGCAUCAUCAUCUUCCUUAACAGUUUCUUCUUUGUCAUCACCGUCUGGAAACUGGUCGAAAAAUUCUCUAGCCUCAACCCAGACCUCUCCAAACUAAAAAGACUCAGGGGCUUCGUGCUGACGGCUGUAGCUCAGCUGUGUGUGUUGGGUGGUAUGUGGGUUUUUGGUUGCUUCCUCUUUCAGGAUGAGGGGACGCUGGUGAUUGCGUACCUCUUCACUCUGUGUAACAGCCUGCAGGGGGUGCUCAUCUUCAUCAUGCACUGCCUCAUGAGCAAACUGGUAAGAGAGGAAUACAAGAAACUUUUUGGCAGAAUGUGCACAUCAGAGAAGAAGAGAUAUUCCGAAUUCAGCAGCAAUCAGUCCAGUAACAGUCAGCGGCCUCUACGGAGCACUCCAAGCACAGGAGAAUCACAGAUAUGAAGCCAGACAGCAUUACAAGUUGCGUUUGACUUUUCAACCGCAGGAGGACUUACAGACAGUAGAAAGAUAGAUAAGAGCGACGCACCUUUUUCAGGCUAAUGGGCACAGACACAGAAAAACAACUCAUUCAGCCGACGGGAACUGAGCUACAAAUGCUUAUUUCUUCCAUCCAGCUAAUUGCAAUAAAACAGAACGUAUUUAUGCUAAAUCUUCCAUCCAGCAAAUUGCAAUAGCUACUAGCUUUACAUGCAAGUGAACAAACGAGAGACUCUUAAAGUAAACAUUCUCAACUGAGGAAAAAAUAUUAAAUCAUGACCAUAAUAAGGCAGACGUAAGCUUUGUAAGAAUGACCUCUUAGCUCCGAGUCAAUAAGGAUGUUGGGAAUGAACUAUUUAUGCAAUAUCAUUGCUAACAAAUCUGUGAUUCACUUCUCGCUUAUCCGCGGUUUAAACAACAAAAGGUACUUUAUAGUGAACAACAAAACUCCAACAGCAUCAAGUUUUUAACUGCUUAAUAAACAUAUGUAUUUAUUUAAAAAAGUAUAAGUAAAAAUAUUGAAAUUCUACCAUCACACAUGAACCUAGUUUGCUAGCGAGCUAAGAGCUAAAAGCACAAUGAGGACUUGAGCCUGUGCUUUUCUGUUCCAAACACUGUUGGGAAUGUUUAUAUGUCAUGUUAUUAUUAAACCUGCAUCUUCCAAUGUUUUUAACUGUUAUGCUUACAAAUUUAAAACGCAAGUCCGUUCCUUAUGAGCACAAACCAGAUUAGAUCUUCUUAAAUGGUUUCUUUAGCAUAAAUAGUAUUUUUAUGUAGUGUCAGAGGUGCAGUAGGGUUCAACUGGAGUCAGCAUCAUGGCUUAGGUGUGGAGAUGAAAACAAACAUCUGUGUGCAUCAGUAGUGUCAUACAGUAUGAUGAUGGAAUCGAAUACGCCGUAGUAAAUAAACCGAAUGCCACGUGUGCAGGAUAUUACUUUUUUUGUUCUCUGUGAGGAUUUUGUUCUUUUUAAAAUAUGAAGUUGAAUUAAAUCGAUAACUUUUUGAUGAUGAUUAAAAUAGAGACGGUUCUUGAUCGUGGACUCUGACAUUUGGACCCUGCUGUAUGCACAAAGAAACUGAUUUUUUUUAAAUCAGCGAGCACUUUUAUUCCUAUGUCUUAAGCUUUGUUUAUGGUUUCACAUCUUAUGAAUGUGUAAUUUACUUUAUAGUUCAUUUUUCUUAAAAAAUAAAUAAAUAAAAAAAAGUUUUGUAUCUUUUGAUUUGUUUUUAGAUUUUAGGUAUUUUUGUACUUGUUUUUCCUGCUUUGUUGCACCAUUGUGUAAAAAAUGUUUUGAUGUUGCACUCAGAAAUAAGCUCAGGGUGACACAAACCCCUGAUUUGGUACUGAUUCAUUCUCCAGGCUUAAUAAAACACAUGUUAAUGCA